GUGAUUUUUCACCUACGAAUGCGUCGAGCCGACGCAUUUGAAGCACAAUACCACUUUGUUUGCAAAAUCUGCUAUUAUCUCCAUGGAUUCAGCCAGCCAGACGCCGAUUGAGUCUGUGGGGACACCGUCCUUCGACGCGUCUGCGACGCCGCCGGCCACCGCAGAUACAGAAACCCGGUUGCCGGCACAGGAAGACGCGUCAAACAACCAGUCGAAGCCACCGUCAACCGUGCCACCACCAGCGGCGCCACCCCCGGUGAAGAUAAAGAAGAAGCGCGGACCCAAGCCCAAGCCGUUGGAGCUUCGAGCCGUGGCCGCCAAACCUCUCAAACGACGAGAGAGGACUUAUUCCAGGGAACAGAAGAUCCGAGUCCUCACCUUUCUGAUCCAGCACAAGGUGGAGCGAACCGAGGCCCGGGAAAUUCGUCGUCGAAUGGGGUCCCGUGACAGCGAUGCCGUCCUGAAGACGGAUUUCUCCCGAUACCGGGACGUCACCCUCCAGGAGACCAGCGAUUUCUUCAAAAUUCCUACAAGCACGAUAGCUUCUUGGUGGAACAAACGCGACGAUAUAAUGAAAAACUCUACCUCCACGGCCACGAAGUAACGACCCUGGUGGCCAGCCCGAGAGCAGGACUUGGAUGGUACGGAACUCUGAAGUUGGCUUGCAUUCUCGUUCCCAGCAUUACAUAUGAUAUAAACCUAAUAUACUAGCACUGCUUGGCUUCUACCGCUAAUCAUCCAUGCAAACGUGAAAUGUGCACGAAACGACUCGGUGUGAGACAAAUCUUUGUAUUCCUGCUAGGAACUAGGCACUCAAUCACAUUAUGUGAC